ACCGUUAAUAUUCAAAAAUUGUGUGCUGCAGUGGUCAUACCGUUCUUAACCGUCGGUUUAAACACUUUCUUGAGCAUUUCUUGUCAGCAAUUCUCUUAAUUCAACUACAAAUAUGUGCGACGAAGACGUAGCAGCUUUGGUUAUUGAUAAUGGAUCUGGUAUGUGCAAAGCCGGUUUCGCUGGUGACGAUGCACCCAGAGCAGUUUUCCCAUCUAUCGUUGGUAGACCAAGACAUCAAGGUGUUAUGGUUGGUAUGGGUCAAAAAGACUCCUAUGUUGGAGAUGAAGCCCAAUCAAAGAGAGGAAUCUUAACUUUGAAAUACCCAAUUGAACACGGUAUCGUCACCAACUGGGAUGAUAUGGAAAAAAUUUGGCAUCAUACCUUCUACAAUGAACUUCGUGUUGCACCAGAAGAACACCCUGUUUUGUUGACCGAAGCCCCCUUGAACCCAAAAGCAAACCGUGAAAAAAUGACACAAAUCAUGUUUGAAACUUUCAAUACCCCAGCUAUGUACGUAGCUAUCCAAGCUGUACUCUCCUUGUACGCUUCAGGAAGAACAACCGGUAUCGUUUUGGAUUCUGGUGAUGGUGUCACCCACACCGUUCCAAUCUAUGAAGGUUACGCUCUUCCCCACGCUAUCCUUCGUCUUGAUUUGGCUGGAAGAGACUUGACCGAUUACCUCAUGAAGAUCCUUACCGAAAGAGGUUACAGCUUCACCACCACUGCCGAAAGAGAAAUCGUAAGAGAUAUCAAGGAAAAAUUGUGCUAUGUUGCACUUGACUUCGAAGGUGAAAUGGCCACUGCCGCCAGCUCUUCAUCUCUUGAAAAAUCAUACGAAUUGCCCGAUGGACAAGUAAUCACCAUCGGAAACGAAAGAUUCCGUUGCCCAGAAGCCCUAUUCCAACCAAGCUUCUUGGGAAUGGAAUCUGCUGGUAUCCAUGAAACUACUUACAAUUCCAUCAUGAAAUGCGAUGUUGACAUCAGAAAGGACUUGUACGCCAAUACCGUAUUGUCUGGUGGUACCACCAUGUACCCAGGUAUUGCUGAUAGAAUGCAGAAAGAAAUCACAGCUCUAGCUCCAAGCACAAUGAAAAUCAAGAUCAUUGCUCCACCAGAAAGAAAAUAUUCCGUAUGGAUCGGUGGUUCCAUCCUUGCAUCUUUGUCUACUUUCCAACAAAUGUGGAUCAGCAAGCAAGAAUACGAUGAAUCUGGACCAUCCAUUGUACACAGAAAGUGCUUCUAA